GCCGGUGACGGGCGGUUGGAGUGCGCCCCCUUGCGUCCCUCCCGCCCCCCCAUGGCGGUCCCUGUGCUGGGCGCCCUCCUGCUGGUGCUGCUGGUGCUGCUGGGCGGCCUCUGCCUGGGCAGGUGGCUCCUGUACAUACUGAUCACCAACUGGUGCCGGCGGCGACUCCAAGCCGAGUUGAAGAUCCAGUCCUUCUGGGUUUUGGGGAUCCAGAACCUCAGCUUGAAGUUUAAAGAGGAGCAACAGACGGUGGAGAUCGACAGCAUCUGGAUCUCCAGCCGGCUCCUGAACCACGAUGUGCCGCGCUACCUGGCCCUGUGCUUUGGAGAGGUGCGCAUCCGGGUGGAUCUGCAGAAGUCGCCUCACCUGCAGCCCCCCGACCCUUUGCCCCCCGACCCGGCCGACGGGGCCCGAGGGGAGGGGCUGUCCCUGGGGCCCUCCCUGCUGCAGCUGGUCAGCCAGCUCUGCUCCUUCCACGUGGACUCGGUCAACGUGAUGGUGCUGCACGUGGCCGCCUCGGAGUCCCUGUGGCACGUCCAGGUGUCCAGGUCCCAGGUUUUGCUGGGCUGUGACGGCAGGAGCGUGGCCUGCAAGGUGACCUGUGGCCAGGUGAACAGCAAGGUGCUGAAGAGCAGCCAGCAGGACGAUGCCUGCCUGGCCGAGCUCUCGCUGGCCCUCUCCGUCUCGCUGGACGUCAGCCUGGGGAAGCAGCAGCUGCAGAGCGUGGCCUUGGGGGUCUGGAGCCUCCACGCCGAGCUGCACGAGGGGCUCUUCAACAGCGAGCUGCUCCGGCGCAUGGGCGGCAGUCCCCGGAAGGGGCCAGAUUCCCCAAAGGAUCUCCCGCUGGAUCCACCGCCCCCCCUGGGCCUGGCCGGCCUGAAGUACCUGCCCUCACGGCUGAAGGUGGACCUGGAGACCACCAGCCUGGUCCUCUCCAUGAACAGCCAGAAGAGGCACCUCACCUGGACCCUGAAGCUGCUACACUUCGCCCACCAGUGCGAUGAGGAGCAAAUCCCGCUGCGGAGCUUCACCCCCACCUGCGACCUGCCCCAGAUGAGCCUCGAGCUGGUGCUGGAAGACGGGCUGCUGCUGUCGCAAAGCCGCCAACGCAUCGUGUGCCUCAACCUGCUGAAGGCCAGCCUGCAGGUCAUGGCCAUCGACAUCUCCGUGGCCGUCAUGGUCAGCACCUGCAUUGUCCACUACCGGCACCAGGAGUUCUCCCACUGGGUGGGCCUGCUGACCUCGACGGAGCAGGGAUCCCCUGGCUGGGCCCUCUUGGCCAGGGGCCCCGGCGGCAGGAUGCCGCAGAUCCUGGCCACCAUCAUCCUCAGCGCUUCGGUGUCCAACGUCAGCCUCUCCGUGCAGCUGGGAGACACCCCACCCUUCGCCCUGGGCUUCAACUCCAUCUCCGUGGAUUACCAGCACCUCCGUCCUCAGAGCGUCCACCAGCGGGCCGUGCUGGCCGUCGACCACUUCUGCUGGCGGGUGGGGGCGGACUCGCACAUCCAGCGGGCCCCCCACCCGCCGAACAUGCACGUCUGGGGAGAAGCUUUCAUCCUGGACUCCUUCAACCUGCAGGGCAGCUACAACCAGCCGCUGGGCACGUCCAGCACUCACGCGGACACCCUGUUCCUGGAUUGCACCCUGCGUGGGCUGCAGCUGGAGUCCUCGGACGCCUGCACCGACUGCCUCUCCCGGCUGCUGCUGCUCUUGCGGCCUCAGGACCCUGGGCCCCCGGGCCCCCUGGAGGAGCCGCCCCCCACUCUGGGGGAGGAAUUUGGGGUGCUCUGGAAGGUGGACCUCAAGGUGGAGGACGUCAACCUCUUUACGCUCUCCAGCUUGGCAGCCUUCCAGCUGACGGGCUGCCCUCCCCUCCCCUGUGCCCCCUCCCCUCUGCCCCCUCCCCAGAUCCACUACUGGGCCUCCUUUGCCCAGCAGCGUGGCAUCCAACUGGAGUGCGGCCAGGGACACAUCUUCACCCGGGGCACCCAGCGGCUGAUCCCUCAGGCCGGAACGGUGAUGCGCCGCCUGAUCUCCGAGUGGAGCAUCGUGCAGAUGGUGAGCGACCUGGGCCUGGUGAACGUCCACCUGAUGGCCUCCUCCUGCGAGGAGAACGCGGACCACCGCCUGGACUCCUCCCUGGUCAAGAAGACCCACCUGCUCAGCCUCUCCUCCCUCACCUACCAGCGCCACAGCCUCCGCACGGCGGCCGAGGAGGAGGUUCUGCUCCGGGAAGGGGACGACGUGCUCCACACCCACCAGCUGCAUCUGGUGGACCUGCGGGCCUCCUGGACCACCACCAACCGGGACAUCGCCUUUGGCCUCUACGACGGCUACAAGAAGUCGGCGGUGCUGAAGCGCAACCUCUCCACCGAGGCCCUGAGGGGCCUGAAGAUCGGGCCCCAGCUGCCCACCAAGAAGCCCAGGCGAGGCCCUCCCCCCAGCCAGCAGCCCCCCCUGCGGGUCAUCAUGCCGGCGAGCAGCAGUCGGACGGAGCGAAGCCCCUCCGGAGGGGCCUCCAUGUUGCAGAAGCUGAUUGAGGAGACGGACAAGUUUGUGGUUUUCACCGAGGAGGAGUCCGGGGUCAGCGAGCAGCUGUGCGGGAUCGCAGCCUGUCAGACCGAUGACAUCUUCAACCGCAACUGCCUGAUUGAGCUCGUCAACUGCCAGAUGGUUCUCCGCGGGGCCGAGACGGAGGGCUGCGUGAUUGUCUCGGCUGCCAAAGCCCAGCUGCUCCAGUGCCAGCACCACCCAGCCUGGUACGGGGACACCCUCAAGCAGAAGACCUCCUGGACGUGCCUGCUGGACGGCAUGCAGUACUUCGCCACCACCGAGAGCAGCCCCUCCGAGCGGGAGGACGUCCAGCUCUGGCUGGAGGUCAAGAACAUCGAGGAGCAUCCGCAGCGCAGCCUGGACUCCGUGCAGGAGCUGAUGGAGAGCGGGCAAGCGGUGGGCGGCAUGGUCAGCACCACCACAGAUUGGAACCAGCCGCACGAGGUGCAGCCGACGCAGCAGGUCCAGCGCAUCAUCUCGCGCUGCAGCUGCCGCAUGUACUACAUCAGCUACAGCCACGACAUCAACCCCGAGUUGGCCACCCAGAUCAAACCGCCGGAGCUGCCUGCCAACCCGGAGAAAGAUGACCUUCUCAAGAAGCAGGAAGGGGCCGUGGACACCUUCACCCUGAUCCACCACGACCUGGAAAUCUCCACCAACCCGGCCCAGUACGCCAUGAUCCUCGACAUUGUCAACAACCUCCUGCUGCACGUGGAGCCCAAGCGAAAGGAGCACAGUGAGAAGAAGCAACGGGUCCGUUUCCAGCUGGAGAUCUCCAGCAACCCGGAGGAGCAGCGUAGUAGCAUCCUCCACCUGCAGGAGGCCGUCCGGCAGCACGUAGCCCAGAUCCGGCUGCUGGAGAAGCAGAUGUACUCGGUCAUGAAGUCCCUGCAGGAUGACGGGCGGAACGAGUCGCUGCUGGAGCACAACCAGAAACUGCAGCAGCAGCUGAGCCAGGAGAAGGCCACCCUGCAGCAGGAGAGUGAGGACCUCAACAUCCUGAUCAGGGGGAAUUUUGACCUCUGGUAUGCCCCCCGCCAGGUAGUCCUGCGGCCCCAGAGUGCCUGCCAGUCGGGACGCCAGCUGGCCCUGCGGAUUUUCAGCAAGGUCCGCCCGCCCGUGGGUGGCAUUUCCAUCAAGGAGCACUUCGAGGUCAACGUGGUGCCGCUGACCAUCCAGCUGACCCACCAGUUCUUCCAACGCAUGAUGGGUUUCUUCUUCCCCGGACGCAACGUGGAGGAGGAGGAAGUGGGCGACGAAGAGGACAAGUCCAAGCUGGUGACCACGGGUAUGCCGGUGGUCAAGCCGCGUCAGCUGAUGGUCUCGGAAGACUCGCUGGGCUCCGGGAAGGGCAUGGGCCAAGGGCUGAACCGGACAUCGGGGGUCAGGCGCUCCUUCCGCAAAACACCUGAGUACCCAGUGGACGACAUCGACAAGAUGAAGGAGCGAGCGGCCAUGAACCACUCCUUCAUCUACAUCAAGAUCCCCCAGGUGCCCCUCUGCGUCAGCUACAAGGGGGAGAAGAACAGCGUGGACUGGGGGGAUCUCAACCUGGUGCUGCCGUGUCUGGAGUACCACAACAACACCUGGACGUGGCUGGAUUUUGCCAUGGCGGUGAAGCGGGACAGCCGAAAGGCCCUGGUGGCCCAGGUCAUCAAGGAGAAGCUGCGCCUGAAGCCGGCGGUGGGCACGGAGUCCCGGGGGCCGCGGCAGGAGAGCAAGCUGGAGGGGCCGGUCCAGCAGCAGGAGGAGGACGAGAAAGCCCGGCUGCUCAUCGGCCUGAGCGUGGGCGAGAAGAACCCCAGCAAGAAGUCCAUCUUCAGCCGGCGCAAGUGAGCCGGACGCAGCCGCCGCCGCUGCCACGCCGGAGCCCGGCCUGCAGGCGCUCUCGGGGAAGAGGAGGAGGAGGAGGAGGAGGCCCUGCAGGCUGGGCGUUGGACGGAGACUGACGGGGCCCCGAGGGCCCCAAGCGCUGGCGGGAAGGACCAGGCGGAGAAGAGUGGGGGGGGCCCUCGGGG